GGUGAAGCAGAAGGCUGAGCUUUGACGCCUCAUCUCGCGAAAAUGGUGAACUUUGCGCUCAAGAUCGGCGCCGACUUUGAAAACAUCGCCAGUCUCCAGCCUCAGGGCGGCUGCGACGAUCCCUCCUUCUCCUACUUCUUCAAGCUGAAAUGUGGGAGUUGUAAUGAGGUGACACAGAAGGAAACAUGUGUUUCCUUGGGUGAAACUGUUCCUCUUCCAGUGGGUAAGGGAACUACUAAUCUCAUUCAGAAGUGCAAGUUUUGUGGAAGGGAAGGAACUAUAACAAUGAUCCCAGGGAGUGGUUAUCCACUGACCCAGCGCUUAAGUCAAGCAGGGCAUGAUUCUGCCGUGAUGGUAUUUGAUUGCAGGGGUUAUGAGCCUGUGGAUUUUGUAUUUGGUGGUGGCUGGAAAGCUGAAUCUCUGGAAGGAACAAUAUUUGAAGACAUUGAUUUGUCGGGAGGUGAGUUUGUUGAGUAUGAUGAGAAAGGACAGUGCCCAGUUAUGAUCUCCAACCUUCGUGCCAUUUUUAAAGUGUGGUAGUAAGCGGUACCCUCACUACCGUAGUCUCCGUAAAUAAAACUGACUCUUGACUCUCUCAAUGUGAAAUGAAGUAGAAACUAGGGUGGAACUGCUUUAAUAUGACAUGUUCGUAUAUAUACUUACGACAGCUUUCAAGUUUCAACAGAUUGACAAAUCCCGUUAUAUGUUGCUCGUUCUAACGAUGAUGUUUUGAAUCUAAGGCGAAAGUUGCUCUUUA